GGAAUUUUUUUUUUUUAAUAAAAGGAUGUGAAAUAGCCACAGGUUGGGCGGACUAAAGAUCUUGGGGUGGAGGGGAGAUGGCGAAUAGCACGAAAAGAAAGAAAAGAAAAAUCAAAAGAUGACCGUCGUCUUUGGUCUCAGCAGGUCUGCUUUAACCACAAUGAAAAGCUCCCGGGCCUCCAGUAGCCCUGCCUGCUAUCCAGAAGACAACUUAGAAGGAAUGGAACUGAGCUUAACAGGUCUUCCCCUGCUUGUUUCCAGACGGCCUAAUAGUGCAUCCCCUGCAAAGCCCAUUGCCCGUUCUAUCUCUGUCAUCACUGAAAACAAACCUAGAAGGAAUGCCCAGGAGAGUACAGGACUUGGGAAUUCCAGAGCUAUCAAUAACCUUCGAAGAUCCAGCAGUACAACCCAUGUCAAUCAGCAGUUGAAUGGUACCCUCAGUACUGACCAACCCACAGAUUUCCUGACCUUCUUUGACAGCAGCACUGGAGGGAGAAAGAAGCUGGCAGGUCUGUGCAAAACUUCACCUGAGAAGAGAACCACAUGGAAUAUUCUGGAUGACCAGCCCAGAGUGUUCACCAUCUCAUCUAGUACUCGAAGCACCAAUACAGUUGACUCCUCAGUUGGUCUGAGGAAAAAAGAAGGCACGAUAUCCUUGGCACCUAACUUUACUGCCAACAACAGGAGCAACAAGGGAGCUGUGGGCAACUGUGUUACCACCAUGGUACAUAACAACUACAACACCAUAGACAAAGUUCCUCCACCCAAGAGUUCUAACCAGGCUGCUUCAUCCCUCAACAACAUCAUCAAGGCAACCACCAAUGAAGACAAUGAGAGCAGCAGUUUUAUGAAAUCUCAGAAAAAUUUAUCCAGCAAUAAUAAUGUGACUCGGAAUAAUACUAGCAGCACUGCAGGACUGCUUAAAAGGAAGGAAGUAACAGAAGAAGAAGCAGAAAGGUUUAUCCAUCAAGUAAAUUUAGCUGCCAUUACCAUUCAGCGUUGGUACCGACACCAUGCACAAAGACAUCGAGCUGGUGCAUCCCUCCUGGAACACCUGCUAACAUCCAAGAGAAAGGAAAGACAACAAAAACAAUUGGAAGGGAACAUCUUCGACUUGGAGCCACAGAAAGAUUUAGAGAGAAAGAAAAUUCGGGAAGAGAAAGCCCGGCAGGCCAGACAAGCUGCUAUUCAGGAACUCCAGCAGAAACGAGCAUCCCAAAAGGCAGUAGAUACUGAAUUGGAGCAGCUGAAGGAAACCAGGAAGGCAUCAAAAAAAAGGUCCAUACAGACAGCCUCCCUGAAGAAUGGGAGCCUGGCAAACAGCAGCAUCAAAGCUAACAACGCAGGUGCUAACUUCCGUGCUACAGAACCUGAGGAGUACUUCCACCCAGUCCCUGAGUCUUCCCCAGAUCUUUGUAAAUCUCCAGAAGAUAAGCCACAGGACAUAAUCUCUCAUGAGGUUGUUUGUGACAGCCUGGAUACUGAGGUCACAGCAGCCAGCAGACCCCAGGCCAAGGUGACUCUUAAUGAGCUGCUGGAAACCCUGAAGCUGUUAGAAGAGGAACCAGAGCAGCUGACCCAACCAAAGACUUAUAAAAAAGAAAAAUAUUCCUGGAUUGAUGGGGAAGUUGGCUCUAAUUCCUUAACAGCUGACAACUUAGAAAAAUUUGGGAAACUGAAUCCACCACAUGGAGUCCCAGAGGAUGGGGCAUUGCUUUCUGAAGCUAAACUUCAGAGUAUCAUGAGCUUUUUAGAUGAGAUGGAGAAGUCGGAACAGGAACGACCCCAUUCUGUGGCCUCAGCCAUUCCUCGGGAGGGGAUCCUGACGGAAGAAGAACUGGCCCACUUGGAGCAGGCAUCGGCUGUGGCUACUGAGGUCACCAGCUCUAUGCUGAGGCUGAAGCUGGAGGUGGAGGAGAAGAAGCAGGCUAUGACACUGCUGCAGACAGCAUUGGCUCAGCAGCGAGAGCUUACUGUGCGCAACGUGAAGGAGACAGAAAAGGAGCUAAAUCUCCAGCUCAGGCUGCAGAGGGAGCAGUAUGAAGCUGCUAUCCAGAGACACCUGGCCUUCAUUGAUCAGCUGAUUGACGACAAGAAGGUCCUGAGUGAGAAGUGCGAGGCAGUCGUAGCCGAGCUGAAGCAAGUGGACCAGAAAUACACCAAGAGAAUCACUCAAGUGCAGGAGCAGCAUGAACUGGAGAUUAAGAAACUCAAAGAACUAAUGAGUGCCACAGAAAAAAUCCGCAGAGAGAAGUGGAUCAAUGAGAAAACAAAAAAGAUCAAAGAGAUUACUGUUCGAGGCUUGGAGCCAGAGAUCCAGAAGCUGAUCGCCAAGCACAAGCAGGAAAUCAAGAAAUUAAAGACCCUACAUGAGGCUGAACUGCUACAGUCAGAUCAACGGGCUGCUCAGCGCUAUGUGCAACAGACGGAAGAACUACGGGAACACUUGGAGCGAGAGAAAGAGGAGCAGGGACGGCGGGAGAGGGAGCUGGCCCGGCAGCGAUAUGAGAAGCAUUUGGAGGAGGAGGAACAAGCCCUUCAACAGCAGCGGCGCCGACUCUACAGUGAGGUGGCCGAAGAGAAAGAGCGGCUAAACCAGCAAGCAGCCAGGCAGCGGGCAGAAUUGGAGCAACUGAAGCAGCAGCUUGAGGAAAACAGCUGUGUGGUGACAAAGGCCCUCAGGGAAGAGUAUGAGAAGGGCAGAGAGGAGCAAGAAAGGCGGCACCAGUUGGAUAUGAAAGCCCUGAAGGAACGCUUGGAGGUAGAGAAGGAAGCCUGGGAAGCCAACUACUUAAAGAAAGAGGAGGCAUGGCUACUGAAACGAGAGCGAGAGCUGAAGGAUGAAGUUCGGAAAGUCCGGGACAAGGAGAUUGAGCUGGUUAUCCAGAGGCUUGAAGCUGAUAUGACCCUGACCAAGGAGGAAUGUGAGCAAACAGCUGAGAACAGGAUCAAGCGUGUGCGGGACAAAUAUGAGGCAGAACUUGCUGAUCUGGAGCAGUCAGAGCGAAAGCUACAGGAGCGCUGUGCCGAGUUGAAGGGUCGACUUGGAGAGGCUGAAGGCGAGAACUCUAGGCUCCAGGGCCUAGUGAAACAGAAGGAGAAGGAGGUGGAGGAUAUAAUAAUGGUGAAGGACAAGUUAAUGGAAGAAAGGAGCAGCCUGUCAGAGGUGAUCCGCCAGGAAUUCUCAGACCGACUGAUGGCAACUGAAGAGGAGAACAGGCGAUUGAAAAUAGAAAUAUCAGAGCUACGGACUCGUCAUCAGUUAGAACUAGAGAAGAUCAAUCAGGACAAAGAAGAUGAGCUGGAAGAAGUGCAUAAGAGGGUCAAGAUGGCUAUAAUGAAGAAAGAAGAGACUGUGAACAAUCUUCGAAAACAGUAUGAAGCAGCAGUUAAGAGGGCUGACCACCUUGAGGCACUCCUGGAGCAACAGAGAAAGCAGCUCCUGAGUACCAAGUGAUCACCACCUCUUGCCACACAGAAGAGAGCCUGCAGCUGCAAGUCGGCCUGAGUGGCCCUUGCUGUCCAGAGGGACUGUGAGUCUGUGGCUGUGACAGAGGAAGCACUAAUGCCCCAGGUGGGGCUUGGGAGAGAAGAGGGACACUCCUUGCCCUUUGCUGUUCUGUUUUUACAGUGUCUGCACACCUGUGCCCAUAAAUGAAUGAGUGGCUCCUUAAGCUGAGAGCCCUUUUGGGGCUCUUGUCGUUGUAUUUUAACAUUAAAAAAAGUCACUGGUUUUUAAAA